ACGGCAACAGUCUGCUCAGCUUCGCCGGCCGCCAUUUACCUCCGCACGAUGACGGGAGCUCCGAGGCAUCCCUGCCCCACCGCCCCGUCCAAGCUGCCCGUGCGCAUGCCGCCUCGUCUGGUACGCGCCGUGCUGACACCGCAGUCACCGCUGCGGCCUCUUCGUCUACCAGGAACAUGCCUGCUUCUGCCGGCGCGUACUCCAUGGCCCGCCCGGCCGGGGCUCGUCCUUCUACCCUCAACGACUCCGCCAUUGCCCGUGACGGGGCCAAGGGCGGAGCGGCGGGGUCUGGUCGUCUUUUAGGCAUCGGCACCAACACGGCCCGGUCUGGGGGUCUGGGUGGUGCUUCGGCGUCAACCGCCGGUGCACCCGCCGCCCGGGCGCACGGGGCAGCAAGCGUCGGCGGGAGCGGUGCGCGCGGGAUCAUCGUCGACCGAGCCUCGACGGCAGAUGAGCUUCACCGCAUCAUCAAGCCAGCCACCCCCUUGGUCAAGGCCGCGCUUUGUGGGAUGCUAAUGUACAAGACGGCACCCUCUAUGUACUCGGCGAUCAAACCCGACAGCGACAACGGCAGUGGCAACAACGGAUCGAGGGAGAAGGUGAAGGGAGAGAGGUCUACGAACGGUGUCAUCAACCGGAUCAUGGUCACGUACAGCUACGCCUUCGUGGGCGACGCCAAGAAGCGCUUCUCGGAGGGGAAGCUUCCGAGCGCGAGGAACAACCCCUUCGUCGCCGUCGGCGCCAUGGUCUACCCCAAGGCUCAGUCCGGCGCAAAGACAUGGGAACGUGAGUUCAUAGACGGCGUUACCACGGCAAGGGCUGGUGUACAUUCCGACGCGCGGAAGGCAAUGGUGACCCUCUGCCUCCACCUCGUCCGCAUCGCAGCGAAGAGCCACCCUGACCUACGCCACCUGCCGGACCUGUUCCGUGCGGCCAAGGCUGCGAUGAGGGACAUGGAGCUGAAGGACAGGUUUGUCAAGGCCAUGGACUCCAUCCUCCACAAGAUUAUCUCAGCACACAGCGCGUCGGCACGUAGGGACCUGCGCCCGAUGCAUGUAUUCGGAGGAGACAAGCUCGUCUCGGACUUCACGCAGCAGGUGAUCAUCCCCCUGGCCCUCGACGCUCUCUGCGAUGCCGAGUACUACCCUGUUCCUCCCGUCGGAGAGUACGAGACUGUCCUUUGCCUGGCGGAGAGGAAGCUGAAUGCGUUCGGGCAAAUGCGGAACGGCGGCUUCAGCGAGCCCAAGUACAAGAUGUUCCAAAAGGCACUGUGGUACGGCCUGUACAACUACGCCACUGGCGUGCGCCGCUUCGGCCACCCUCUCGCCACUCUGCACAAGAGCCAGUUUCACCACCGUGGCAACAUGCUCUACGUCGCGCCGUGGGCAGAUGAUGGCCGCCCAGACCUCAUGCCCCGCGACUCCAUCGAAGAGGACUCUUCGUCUGAAGACGAGGACAACGGUGUCAUCGUCCGGGAGACCCCCUUCCAGCGCGGUGAAGACCUAAUCAUCGACGAGACCGAGCUACCUACUUUCCUCGACAACAUGGACAAAUGAAGCCUGGUCGCGCCGACCUAAGUUAGGCGACUUUAAUGGCGGAGCCUAACUUGCUAAGAACGUACUUGGGGUGACCCCUCUGGUGAUGGUGCACCCGUAGCCUAGCAUCCGUAGCCUAGAGGGGUUUGAAUUCCUGUUUGUCAGGAUCUCCCCGAAGUUGAUAUCUGGUUGUUGGUUUGUGCCUUUUCGCAGAAACGCGAAGGUGAAUCGGCGGGUACGCGGUCGUCGUCUUGGCUAUUUUUUUUCGGUCGUGCUCUUUGUCGUGUUGGUCUGUUUUAAUUGAGUGAAGCCAGAGGGCCAGGCAUACGCAGUGAGGCUUGUGCCGCUUGCACACUAUCAAUGACCUUAGCACGUGCGUGUGAUUGACGGCAGAUGAUGUUUCGUAUUUCACCUGUUGCCCACAUUAGUUUUUUGCUUGAUUGCGUUUUUAUCGAUAUGUUUUGUCUGCGAUGGAAUUCCCGUAGUUUUUCUUUGUU